AUGCAGCUGGUGACUUCUUUGUGCCCUCCUGACGAGCUCUAUGCCAAUGCAACCUUCCGAGAGGAGGAUGUUGAUGCGAUGAAGUUGCAGCUCAAGGGGCUUUGCAUUGAGGAGUUCCAGAAAAGUAAACAUGUGCUGGUUGCAGAGUGCCCCCGGCGUGUUCACUUACUCACCCGCAGAUUGUUCGAACUCAACGGCUCAUCAUCGCGCUUCAAGUACUUUCCAAGUCUGACGUCGGAGGCAGUCUUGCAAACGGUGAGUGUCAUCCCAGGACUUGAUGAAUCUCUGCAACCUGCGAAGCUUUUCCCUCCACGCUGUUGGCGCAUGGCGAGCGUCUCAGCUCCCAACAAGAAGAGGACCAAGCCUGAUGACAGACGACCUGUGGUUGACAGGUCGUGUUGGCCAACGUCCCGUCUGGAUGCUGCUGCGGCUCGGGCAUUGGACUGGGCGAGUGCCAACCACUUGCCGACUCACACACACCUCGACCUACAACGUGCGGACGCAGCAGUUCCCUUGGUGGAGGCUUUCAACUCCUCAGGUCCUGCGUCACAGGUCUACAAGCUUGGUGCACAUCUAGUGUCGUGUUUCUCCAAUUUGCCGCAUGUGCUCAUUCGGGCAGCGUGGUGCUUCUACAGAGCCUCGUUGGCAGGCAAAAUCGGCGGAUUCACAGCCAGAUACAAGCGUCAUGGUGGACCCACCGUCCCUCACGUCCAUGCCCCAGGCUGGAGGCCGGGAAUGGUCAGUUUGACGCUGGCUGACAUGGACACCAUCAUCCACCACCACUUGCGAAAUGGUUGGUUUGGGUUUGGAGACUUAGUGGGUUUGGAGGUUGAAGGUCUCCCGAUGGGAAGUUCUUUGGCAAAUGCUCUGGCACGGAUGACCCUCAUCUACUGUGAUGUUGCUUUCCACGCUGCUGUCUACCCAGGGCUCUGUCCACAGCCGUCUUUAAGAGGCAGACUGCGCUCGGUGACCAUUCAGUCCAUGGAUGUCAUGCUUCUUGAGCUCCGGUUCAUGGAUGAUUACAUUUGCUUCUGGAAGACGGACAGAGGCGCUACACGUUCACAGUUAGACAUGAUAUCAGGGGUCCUUCGUCAUGCUGUCAGAAGCCGCUAUCCUUUGCCGAUAGAGGAGGAUGAGGGCAGUGUAUUCAUUGGGUUGGAAUUCUCUCUGGGUGCGGAGGGCACAGUGUCGCUGUUCCCGUCAUGGCUUGUGCUGUCGGCCUACGAUCGUCAAGAGGUCCAGUUGCCAUACAUGAACUAUGAGAGUUGGCUGCCUGUUGCAGUCAAGAGGGCGCUUCUACAGGGUGCGAUUGCUAGAGUAGAGCAGUUUACCGUGCCUCAAUCUGCACGGCCAUGGGCAUUGCAAAGGUUCAUAAGUCUGCUUAAAGUCAAUUCCUUCCCGGACCACUUGUUGGACAAGUGGCUAAAGGAGGCUGCGCAUGGACACAGACGGCCCAUCCUGAAUGCAACAGAGGACUCGUCGGCGUGGGCCACAGCAUUUUUGGUGAAUUUGUUUGGGGGCAGCCCUCUUACGACGCUCCAGGAAGCCCAAGCUCUGCAAGACUAUUUUCGUGGUCUCUAUCGCUCAUCCUCACCCGAGUCCCUUCCUCCUGGUCAGACUUUCCCACCCUUUGAACUUGAUGAGCUCACCACUGCCAUUGCCCAGCUGCCCACUGGCAAAGCCCUGCCCUCAUGGCUGGCGCCGGCUCCACUUUGGGCACUCGCAGCCACUGAGGUCGCCACCACGAUUCACCCGGUACUCUCGCAGUGGCUGGCAAACAUGUCGGCGCCCAUGCCGGGGCGAUGGCCUCAAUCCUCACUGUGUCUCCUCGCCAAGCCGACGAAGCCUCCGAAGUGCCCUGAGAAUCUCAGGCCCAUCGCUCUCCUGCACCCGGUGUCGAAAUGCUUGGCGAAAAUGGCGGCGGAACUGCUGCGCCCUACCGUACAGCACCUCGCCACUUGUCUUCCCCAGUUUGCUUACAUUGGGGGUCGCUCUGUGGAAGACUCCAUAGAACGCGCAUGCUCCCAUUGCGCGGCGGUACGCGCUGUACUCGAAGCGCAGAAGUAUAGCAUUCACCGUCGUCGUCAGGGGCACACUGUCGGGAAGUGCAAAGGGGGAAUCACACUUUCUCUUGAUCUCUCUCGUGCGUUUGAUUGCUUGCCACGAGACGUCUUGCAUAGAGCACUCACCUGGGCGGCUGUGGAACCUGCUUUGAUUGAUCUCAUCCUUCACAUCCACUACCAAGCCACACUCAACAUUACGCAUAAGUCACACACUGUUGAAGUUGAGCUUCACUCAGGUGUGCGCCAAGGGUGCAGCUUAUCUCCUGCCUUGUGGAGCAUCUUCAUCUGUUAUACUCUCCACCUCCUGAGCGAUAGGAUACCGCUCUCCUGUCUGACGGCCUUCUCCGAUGAUAUCCUUGCACAAUGGCAGGUUCAUCAGCCGGAAAACAUCCUUUGCAUUUUGAAGGAUAUCGCUUUCAUUAUUGACACCCUUACCUCUCUCGGUAUGUCAGUGAGUGACUCCAAAACAGUCAUCCUGGACGGUCUUCGUGGCCCUGCCAAAUCCAGGCUACUGCGCCCUUAUCUGCAGCGCUCCAAAGACAAAGGCCCCUGUCUACGUGUGCCCUGUCUGGCAGGCCCGCUGGAUUUACCCUUUCGCAAACAGCAUCCCUACCUGGGCAUUGUUCUCAGCUAUGAUUGCUUUGAGAAGUUGUCUCUGCAGGCCAGAAUCAAACAGAGUUGGGCCAAUUUCAGCCGCCUCUUCUCACUUUUGAGAUCCAAGCAUAUCGUGCCCCAGCAACGCCUGCAGCUGUGGACGGCCUGUGUCUUCUCUACUCUCAGGUACGGCCUCACGAGCACUGGUCUUCCCCCUCGGGGACCUGAUAUUAUCCGGCAGGUUGUGGCCAAGCAGAUCCGUCUUGUCCUCAAGUCUCCAAGCUGGAUCACUCACGAAAAGACGGCCGCGCUCUAUGCUAGAUUUCACUUUCUGGACCCUGUUGAUCAGAUGGCUGCCCAAAUGCAGUCUAGACAUAGCCGGCCUUCUCUCAGUAUUGAGGCCUUCGACACUCCUGAACGCCAACGUUGGCGCUCUGCCCUCCCGGCCUCCUUUGCGCCCGACCCUCGUACUGAUCGGCUGUCGCAUACCCAGUCACCGGAGGAGAUGUCUCGUUGUGGCCUCGUCGACGUAUCGGGUGUCAUUGCGCGCACCUACACCUGCCCACACUGCCCGCAGACUUUUCCCACCUUAAUUGCCCUUCGCACCCACUGCACCAAAUCCCAUGGGAAGCCUGCCCCGGAUAUUCCCUCUUCGGUUGACCCAGAGCCCCCUUCUGCCUCGAUUUUACACACUACAUCCGUUCGCCGGGAAGCUGCCGCUCCCCCCGCUGCUGUUGUGUCUACCCCUUCUCCUGCUAUCCCGCCCUCGCAGAAGGAGCUUCGUGCCAGGUUCAUGCAGUUCGCUAAGGAUGGCAUGCCCCACUGUCUUCUCUGUGAUCGCCAGUUUGCUGCAUGGCCGCCUUUUCUGAACCAUCACUACACCAACUCCUGCCCUGCUCAGGCUCAUGAUGGAUCCCUCGUGAAGGACCCUGCUGCCCCUGCGGCCUCCUCCUCAGUCCUUGUUGCUGAAUCAGUCCCUGAUGCGACGCCUCAAACCUCCGACCUGGUCCCGCCAGUUGGGGUGGACACUCCACCUCCCGUUGAGGUGCCCUCUCAUCAGUUGCCGCUCCUUCAAAGAUCCGACAUCCGAACACUGGCCUGUCAGGAGGAUUGGCAACCUCUGGCACACUACCUCCGCUCCCUGCACUCUGCUCAUGGGCUGCGGCACUGCCCUGUUUGUCAUCAAUGGUUCACUCGCACACAGGACAUUUUUCGGCAUCUGAAGAGGCAGCAUCCGCUCCCGGCACUGCAAGAGUCAAUGAGAGCUGAUUGGCUUACAGCAAGACUCAGCACGCUGUCGCCUGCCCUGUUCUACAACAAACCAUCACUUUGCGCAUCCUCAUUCGCCAUGAGCUUGGCCUCCUCUCUUGCCCUGGGCAGCGGCCUCUCCCUGCAGGAGACACAACAACGGGAGGCUCAGGCCGAGCUGUUGCUCCUCCAAUGCUGGGGAGAGGACAAGAAGGCGAUGGUUCAGGACACGGCCAACAAGCGUUCGGAGAUGGACCAAACGGAGGAGCCAGAGAGGGAGCGCGACGCGAAGUACUCCAGACCGGACUCCAAGGGUGGCUACGGCAGGGGCGGGAGAGGCAAGGGCAAUCAGCCAAAGGCCAACGGCCCUCGCAGACAGCCCUUCCGCCGCUCGGCGGAGACAGAGGCCGGGGCGCCGGAGGGCAUGAUGUGGCUUCUGGGCAAGCUCCUUCUUCGGCACGAGGAUCAAAUGGGCAUCGACAAGACCCAGAACAGCUUUGUCAUGUUCUUCAAGCGAGAGAGUGCUCUCUCCCUGAUCCCUCUCUUCGUGCAGAAGUCUCAGCACUGGAAUGCCCUCAAGGAGCAGAAGCAGGAAAAGAUGGACGAGAUUGCUCUCCCUCUCAGAACCUUCCUGUUUCAUACCCUGUUGGAGGCUCUGGUGAAGCGCAUCAAGGAUACCGUGCAGAACGACGAGCAGCUGAAGACGGCCACCACCCUCCAGGUGUUCCUUCCACGGGACGGCGACGCGGAGCUACAGGUGCCUUUUCUAAGCUACAACCAGGAGACCAAGACUCUGGCGCCUCGGCAGGAUCUGCAGCCCCUUCCGGUCUCAACGAUGCUCGAGAAACUGCAGGUCUUACAGAAGCAGUGCCUUUGUCCCCUGGCCAUCAUGCGCUUCCACUCCACCCAACGGCUCAGCGGGCCUCUCCAGGGCCCCACCGUGCCCUUCCUGCUUCAAGUGGGUCACAGAUCGCCGGAAGCAGCCGAGCUAUAUCUGAGCCUCCGCUCGCUGGCCAAUUCAGCGAUUUGGCAGUUGGUGGGAGGGUCCCUGCGCCCGGAGAAAAUGGGUCGCUCCGCGCUGGCGACAGAACUUGCUCGCCGCCUGCAAGGGCGCAUGUCCCUGAUCUUUGGUCUCUUCUCCAAUGGGCCAUCUUGCAUUCCGGAUGGGUUCGUCAUUCCGGACCUGCUCUUGGGCAGGUGGCAGAACAGGUCCAAGCUGCGGUUGGAGUCACUGCCCUCGAACGUGCACUGCGAAUAUCAGCUGAUUGCAAUCAUUAUGCACGAGGGUCCCGUUGCAGCAUCCGGUCAUUACCGUGCGCUCCUUUGCACUUACCCUCCUGAAUCGGAGCCCACUUUCUGGCUAUGCGACGAUUCAAAAGAGCCGACCACUCUCACCGAGUUGCCGCUACCAGCAUUGACCACGGGCUAUCUCUACUUCUACUGCCGCACUCAGCAGUCUCAGCAGUCCUAG